GUAAACGUUUGCUCAGUAACAAGACAGACGGGUUCAUAUAAAUACAAGUAGGAGAGCUCGGACAGUAUAGUUCACGAGAUGGUUCGGCUGACAAUAGCUUGUGUUGCCUUCGGAGUUAUAGCUUGUGUUAGUGCUGCACCAGGAUAUGGUGGUAGCAAAGGAUUUGGUGGCGGCGGAGGGGGCGGCGGUGGCAUUGGAGGUGGUCACGGUGGUGGCUUCGGAGGAGGCGGUGGUAUAGGAGGAGGCCGUGGUGGCGGCUUCGGAGGCGGCGGUGGUGGCGGAGGUGGCCAUGGAGGUGGCUUCGGCGGCGGUGGUGGCGGAUUAGGACGUGGAUUAGGUUCCAGUUUAGGAGGCGGGCAUGGAGGCCAUGGAGGAGGAGGUCACAGCGGCGGAGGUUACGGUGGUUCAGGGGCGAGUGCUCAAGCCAGUGCCAGUGCCGGCGCCGGUGGUUACGGACACAAGGGAUACGGACGUUAAGGACGCCCUUUCAGCAACAAGCAGUUUUCUAGAAUUUUUUUCCGAUAUUUGUAAUUUUGUGAUAUAAAUUAAAAAUACUUCAUUUUA